CAGAACAUUCCUUUGGUUGUAGCUUUGUCCUUGCUGAUAAUAGAAGAAAUAGUUCUAUCUCUACCAAAUCCAUGUUCCGCCGUGUCUACCAAUCCUCUGCCUCCUUGUCCAGGACUAGAAGGAUCCCUUCAGCCCGACAAUUCCAUCGAGUGACCGCAGACUUCUUGAGCCACGACUCGAAAGGAAAACUGGUUACUGAGAAAGUUCCUGUUAUUGUCGGUGGCCCGGGAGAAGCCUAUGUUUUGAUUUAUCCAGAAGUGGGCAGUGCUCUCCGUGCCGCUGCAAGUCAGCCUCACGUCUCUACAUCUGCUGCAAGUACUCAAGAAAGAUGUAAACUUACAUUCUUUCACGACUCGCAAUAUUUUGGGUUUGACUCGUCCAGUUACCCCCGUCUAUACACCCCCCAACACAUCCCGCGCCAAACGGAGUCGAACGUAAGCCCUGCUACGUUGUUUCUAGAUGGAAAAAUGCAUGAGAUUACUCUCGAUGGGACUGAAGAUGCUCACUUUGCUCACCACGCAAGCGCUACUGGGCGGAAUUUGGAGCAGGUCUUGGAUGAGUUAGAAGAUAUGUGAACAAAUAUCCUAACUACAGACAGAUCAACGAAUAAGUACGGGGUAGUUAUCGAAAUUAUUUCUUGGAUACCACAUGUAUAUAAUCUCCAUCUGUCUAGAGGUGGAUCAAGAUCACAAUCCCGCUAGAGUGACCCACUUAUAUAUAGUAAGUCUAGUCGGG